UCAUGUUUUUAGAGCAUCCUUUUCAAGAGUCAUGCCUGUGUGUUAUGCCAGAAGACUCAAACUCUUCGGCUAUAGAGGUUAUUACUAGGAGAAACUACUCAUUUGUUAGUUAAAUUCUUCCUCCCCCUUUUUAUUUUUUUGGAAAGGAAGAAGAAGCGAAUGAUUAAAGAUGAGCUGAUAUAGUGAUACAGUAAUGGUAGCUUAUUUAUCUUUUUUUAUUGGACUGAAAUCUCUUUAUUCGCAGUUCUUAGUCAAUUUGUAUAACAUGCUGUUAAGAUGGUAGGUAGAUACACCAUUUUAAAGGCUAGAAAAUAGAGACAGGAGUUUACUCAAAAAAGCUUAGUUUCAAUGGUUAGGCAUCAGGAAACUGAAUUUCAUUAGCACUGCUGGUUUGUCUUCUGAUGGUGGGUGUGUGCCGCGUCACUGUGAAUCUUCCCAGGAGGGGGAGCAUGUUCAACUCUUGGAAAGCCAUGUGGGUUGUAUUGUUAGAAGAUGGAAUUGAAUUCUAUAAGAAGAAGAGUGACAACAGCCCCAAAGGAAUGAUUCCCUUGAAAGGAAGCACUCUGACUAGCCCUUGUCAGGACUUUGGAAAAAGGAUGUUUGUGUUUAAGGUCACUACGACCAAACAGCAGGACCACUUCUUCCAGGCAGCAUUCCUGGAGGAGAGAGAUGGCUGGGUUCGGGACAUCAAGAAGGCCACUAAAUGCAUUGAAGGAGGCCAGAAGUUUGCGAGAAAAUCCACCAGGAGGUCCAUUCGACUGCCGGAAACGAUUGACUUAGGUGCCUUGUAUUUGUCCAUGAAAGACACUGAAAAAGGAGUAAAAGAACUGAACCUAGAGAAGGACAAGAAGAUUUUCAAUCACUGCUUCACAGGUAACUGUGUCAUUGACUGGCUGGUUUCCAAUAAGUCCGUUCGGAACCGCCAGGAAGGCCUCGUGAUCGCCUCCUCCUUGCUCAAUGAAGGGUACCUGCAGCCCGCUGGAGACCUCUCCAAGAACGCGGUGGAUGGAACUGCUGAAAACCCUUUCCUGGACAACCCUGAUGCCUUCUACUACUUUCCAGACAGUGGGUUCUUCUGUGAAGAGAAUUCCAGUGAUGAUGAUGUGAUUUUGAGAGAAGAAUUCAGAGGAAUCGUUAUCAAGCAGGGAUGUUUACUGAAGCAGGGCCAUAGGCGGAAGAACUGGAAAGUGAGGAAGUUCAUCCUGAGAGAAGACCCUGCCUAUUUGCACUACUAUGACCCUGCUGGGGGGGAAGAUCCCUUGGGAGCGAUUCACUUGAGAGGCUGUGUGGUGACCUCAGUGGAGAGCAACCCAGAUGGCAAGAAGAGUGAAGAAGAGAACCUCUUUGAGAUCAUCACGGCUGAUGAAGUUCACUAUUUCCUGCAAGCAGCCACCCCCAAGGAGCGCAUCGAGUGGAUCAAAGCCAUCCAGGUGGCCUCCCGGACGGGGAAGUGAAGACACUCCCUCCCGAGGGAACCACAUGGAUAAGCUCAGUCCAGGGCCUGGCCACUUCUGCAACAGAAGGCCCAGGGGUGGGAUAUUGUCAUCCUUGGGGGUCCUGAAUGUAACUAACCACAUGCCGCGUGAUGUUCGCCCACACUGACCACAUCACUCGUUGAAGCCUCUCUGCCACUCUCUCUGUCCCCUGGGCAGACAUGCCAAGCUGUGUAGCCUGGGGAUGCUACCUACCCUCUCAAGCCUCAGGUGCCUCCUCUGGAAAAUGAAGGAGUUGAACUAGGGGAGUCCUGUCCUCCCUAGCUUCAAAAGCCUGCCAAUCUAAUACCCAUGGCAGGGCAGCUGGAGUCCCUCCAUGACCAGGUCCUGGCCUUCAGAACCUGAAACAACUGUUCCUUUAAAGCCUGCCCAUCUGUACUAAGCACUAGCACAAGCUUCUUUUGUUCCCUUUUGCUGCCUUCUCCUGCUCUUGGCACAAGUUCACGUAUCAACACCAAGGAGAACCCUCUUCUUCCUUCUUUGCCCUCCCCGGAAACUUCCGGACAGCCCAUAGUGCAGCGGUGGUUUUUAGCUUGAAGCCUUGUGACUUCAGUCUGGAAAGUUUUGUCUUCUGAGAAAAAGACCCGAGGAAGCCAGGGGUAGCUGAGGGUCCUCUUGUCUCCCCUAGGCCUCCCAGAGCAGGCGGUUGCACUCUACUGGGGGUUGGUCAGACAAGAAGCUAUCUUUGCCUCUUUCCAGAGGGCAUUUCUAAUUAGGAGCAGGAACUCCAAAACUGUGAGAUUCUGCUUCAUUUGAGUGUUUACAGAAAAAAGUGGCCAGAGGGGUUUUCUCUGUGGGGUCUCUGCUUGGGUGAGGGGGCUGGACAGCUGCCUGAUUGAAAUGUCCCCUGCCCCAGCCCCUCCCCACCCUCACCCCCACUCCAGCUCCAGAAGGUGUAGGGUCUCGAUCACAGGCCAGCUGAUGGGAUGAUGAGUUUAUACAAAGACAGCUCUGGAAGGACUUAGCUUGAACAUGGAGGCGACUGUAACAUCACACCGUGCCUUCAGUUCUUGAGUUGUUGAGAUUGUGGUCAUGCCUUAAAGCAUGUGCUUUAAGCACAAGCUGUCCCAUCUCCUGCUUGGCCAACAAAGGGUCUCAUGGGCCCACCAUCAUUCAGAGGGAUCUGAUCUAAAUUCAGAUUGUGUACCUGUUUCCAGUUUUUUUUAUUCUGUCUGCCAACUAAUGAUUCUAAACCAAAAUUGAGAAAGAAAUUAAAUAUGUUUGUGAAGGUGUAUUUUCCAACUUUUAGACUUUUAAUUUUAAGGCCCUAGUGAGGAAAGAAGAGUAGCAAGUUCUUCUUGAUUUUAUCAGCUCCUUUUUCCCUCCCGCAAUUCCACACAAUAUCCUUGAGGCUAUUCUUACCCUCGGAUUGUUUUCUCAUUGGCCAAGAGGUAAAAGAUUACCUUUUCUGUGAUUCUUUAGUAAACUAUUAGAACAUGCACAGUAGUUUUUCUACAUUCAUGUUAGAAGUAUUUAUUAAUGUGUAGUCAAUUUUAAGUUUUGAAAUAAAUUUGACCAUGUUGAGUGUCAUCUUGGUGUGAUGACUCUGA